CUUCUACUUUUCAGCUGCAAAAUCAAAGCUUGCAUGUUCUUGAAUUUUUAGAGACAAGAUUCAAUUUUUCAGCUGCCCUUUUAAUUAAUGCUCCCACCUAGAAGAGGAAUCAACAUUAAGAAAAACACAAUGGGGCUCAAAGUCUUAUUACCAUCACAUUUUGCCUUAGUUUUCUGCUUCCUAGCAGUUCUUCAUGGGACUUCUGCAUCUCUUGAAUCUGAUGGAAAAGCUCUACUAGACUUUGCUGCUUCUGUUCCCCAUCGCAGGAAGCUCAACUGGAAUUCAUCCUCCUUGAUCUGCAGUCAAUGGGCUGGAAUUAAGUGUAAUAAAGAUGGGACAAGAGUGAUAGGAUUCCAUCUUCCAGCUUUUGGUUUUUUUGGUCCUAUUCCAGAAGGGACUAUUGGAAAGAUUGAUGCUCUGAGGGUUCUUAGCUUGAGAGGAAACCAUCUCAGUGGAGCUCUUCCUUCUGAUAUACUCUCCAUCCCUACCCUUCGAUACGUUUAUCUUCAAGAUAACAACUUUACUGGAAAAAUCCCUUCUUCAUUCUCUCCCAGGCUUGUUUCAAUUGAUCUAUCCAGAAAUUCUUUUACUGGAGAAAUCCCAGCCACAAUCAAGAACUUGACACGUUUAACUGUCUUGUUGCUUCAGAAUAACUUCUUAUCUGGUUCUGUCCCAAAUCUUGAAUCCUCAAAGCUAAAGUUCAUGAAUUUGAGUCACAACUUGCUAAACGGUUUGAUCCCGGAUUCCUUGCAGAACUUUCCAGCCUCUUCAUUUCUGGGUAACUCUCAUCUUUGUGGGAAACCACUCUCUCAGUGCCAUCCAACCAGAGAAAUAGCAAAAGAUCCAAUUUUUAAGAAGAAGAAGAAGAAGCUCAGUGUAGGGACUGUGAUUGCCAUUGCUAUAGGAUGCUGUUCUUUCGUAGCUUUCUUGGCAUUGAUGGUCUCCUUCUUAUUCUUCAAGAAGAGAGUCUCCGACGGGAGUGAGGCGAAAGAGAAGGUCGCCAACGGCGGGAGGAGCGAGAAGCCCGAGGAUUUCGGGAGUGGGGUCCAAGACGCAGAGAAGAACAAACUGGUGUUCUUUGAGGGAUGUUCUUACAGCUUUGAUCUUGAGGAUCUGUUGAGGGCUUCUGCUGAGGUCCUUGGGAAGGGCAGUUAUGGAACAGCGUACAAGGCGUGUUUGGACGAGACGACAAUGGUGGUCGUGAAGAGGCUGAGAGAGGUUGGAGCUGGGAAGAGAGAGUUUGAACAACAGUUGGAGCUUCUUGGAAGGAUCGGACGCCAUCCGAACAUAUUGUCGCCAAAGGCUUAUUACUAUUCCAAGGAUGAGAAGCUUGUUGUUCAUGAGUACAUGCCUGUUGGCAGCUUGUUUGAAGCUCUUCAUGGAAAUAGAAGCUCAGAUAGAAGUCCUCUAGACUGGAGAUCGAGGCUGAACAUCGCCCUCGGGGCGGCAAGGGGGAUUGCCCAUAUCCACGCCGAAGGUGGCGUAAGAUUCACUCACGGAAACAUCAAGUCCUCCAACGUACUCCUCACCGCUAACCUCACCCCAUGCGUUUCCGACUUCGGGAUGAGCCCUUUGAUGAACUACAUUGCCGUGAAACACCGUGGGCCCGGGUACCGGGCCCCCGAGAUGAUCGAGGCCCGAAAGGUCACGCAGAAAUCCGACGUGUACGGCUUUGGCGUGCUCCUCCUCGAGCUACUAACGGGGAAGUCGCCGAUUCACGAUGAAGUGGUCGACUUGCCGAGGUGGGUCCGGUCCGUCGUCCGCGAGGAGUGGACCGCUGAGGUCUUCGACGUGGAGUUGCUGAGGUGCGGGAGCAAUGUGGAGGAGGAGAUGGUGGCAGUGCUCCAGAUUGGCAUCGCGUGCGUGGCGAAGCCGCAAGACAUGCGGCCCGCCAUGGACGAAGUCGUGAGGAUGAUCGAGGAUGUCGUGCAACAGCUCGAGGACGGAAGCCGUCCGUCCUCGGCCGACCGGUCUAGAGGGUCGUACACGCCAACCCCAGAGAGACUCUUCACCAAAGGUCCAUAUGACAACCCUUAUUAGACCCUGUCUGGUUGGGAGAUUUCGGAGGGAUUAUCUUCCGAAAUCUGACCACCAAACAAGGAAUUGCAUGAGCAUAUAAAUCAUCAGUCCUAUUUUUUUUGUAAUAGUUAGUAUAUUACACUGAUGCUAUUUAUUUUAUUAUUAGUGUAUUAAAGAAGUAAAUGUUGU